AUGAAAGUCCUAGUCAUUCCUCAAGUAUUCCACGAGGGUGCAAUCCACUCCGUCGAUAUCAAUAAGGACGGAAAAAUUCUUACCUCGGGAAAGAAUUCGUCCAUUCUUGAGUGGAGUCCGGAAUUUUUCAAGUCAGACUUAACAAGCCCUGAGGCAAAGGAAACUGUUACCAGCAUAAAACCUCAAUUCACUCAUAAAUACCAUAAGGCACCUGUAACUGUAGUCAGGUGGAGCCCGCAUGAUGUCAAUUUAUUUGCCAGUGGAGACCUGAACGGAGAGGUUUACAUAAAGACAGGGCCGUCCAGUUCUACGCCCAAGCGAGUGAACGGAACCAGCACUGCAGGUGUCGUUGACUUGACGUGGUCCUCAGAUGGCCGUCUCUUAUGCUGGAGCACCGAUGACCACAAAUUGCAUUUAUACGAUACCAAGAGCGAAACCAAUCAAGAUUUCACCUCAUUAUCUUCCUCAUCUUCUUCGAGCUCUGGCUCAUCAUCAGCUGCUAAUGCAGCAUCUGCAUCCGCGACAACUACGACUUCGAACCCUGCCACUUCUAUAUCCACAGCGCCUGACAAGAAGGGGAAACAACUUCCUUCAAUUCAACGGAGUAUUGCUUUUGACCCUACUGGACACUACCUCAUAACAUUGGGCGAUGACUCCCUCAUAUACUUGUACCAAUACGAAUACGACUCCGAUGACUUAUACAAAUUCAAACAAAUUCAAAAAAUAUCGAAACUUGUAAAUAAUAUGGCAUUCAAUUCAAACUACAAAAGAAUUACCUGGUCUCCUGAUGGAGAAUAUGUAUGUAUACCUACUGCAAGUAAAAAUCUGACUUCAUUGGUUUCCCUUUUGUCACGUUCGAAAAACUGGACCAACAUAAUUAGUUUGGUUGGCCACGAUGUAAACUGUCAAGUUGCAAAGUUUAAUCCUAAAUUUUAUAAACCGAAUGAGAAGGUUUCCAGUCAUCCCUAUAAUAUUAUCGCAACAUCUGGCUCGGAUAAGACUUUGGUGAUAUGGAAUACAAGUAAUGAAUCUCCCAUAUCCAUAUUGAGAGACUUAUCCACUGAACCGAUUACUGAUUUGUGCUGGAAUUCUGAUGGAGACACCCUAUUGGCAGUCUCAUUAGAUGGUCAUAUAACAGUGGUCAAUUUUGAACAGGAGGAAUUGGGAUCAACCGUUUCAAGUGAAAUAGUACAAGAAAUUGAAGAAGCUGGGAGAAAGCUGAUCAAACCUUUUGAUCACAAAAAUGAAUCUGAGACUACAAGUAACAAUAGAAGAGGUGGUCAAAGCAACAUACAAGAGAUUUUAGAUCAGAAGAAUGCCAAAAGCAUUCAUGAAGAGAAGGCUGUAUCUGCCGAAAAUGGUGUUGAAGAGAAAGUUGCUGAUGAAGCUCCUGUGAAAAGUAAAGUACCAGUAAAUACUGACUCAAAAUCCAAACUAAAGGGAAAAAUAGUACCUGAGAUCAUCCCCUUACCCAAUCUAGAUGACCAAAACCAAUCUAAUGCACCUACGGCUGAUGAUAUUCUUCAAACUGCUAUGGGCAGGAAAAAGCUGAGUGAAACAAGCAAUCAAGAAACAGGUACCAGUGCAACUUUGGUAAAGACAAUUCCCAAAAAAGAGCCAGUAUCUAUUCCCAACAUUAAGUCGCUGUCACAAAAAAUAACCACGAAGAAUGGAAAGAAGCGUAUUCAACCAAUGUUAAUUUCUAGCAAUGGAGGUAGCUCGAGUUCUACAAAUGGCUUGAUCUCAACUAAGGCUAGUGAAGCAAUCAGUUCUGGUGAAAGCUUCUCUAAUGGAAGCGCGAUUAGCUCGAAUGUUUCUCAUAUGGAAUUUGACAAGGCAUCCUAUUCAGUCACGGAAGAGAUUUUUAAACAAAGCAAACGUGGUAAGCAGCCAGAGACAGCAAAUGGUACCGUCAAUGGAAAAAAAGCAAAGAGACCGUUAGAGCCGGUCAAGUUUCUCAGUACUACCAUUGUCAAUCCUAAUACCACAUAUGCUAAAGUUAGACUUUCUAUCCCAAAGGUACGAUUGAGUUUCCAACUUGAAAGCAAGUUUGAAAGUGAAAACUUUGUUUUAGAUAUCAAGAACGGAUCAGGCAACGAAGCAAAACCUUCAAGGAUUACUUAUUAUAAGAAGGAUACCGAAAUUUGGUCAGAUUUCGUACCUCGCUUUGUCCAGCUUGCAACAGAAGGAAAUGGCUUUUUGGCAAUGUGUAGUAUGGACGGUCAAAUAUUAAUAUACUCACGUAUUCUGGGUAGAAGAAUUCUUCCUCCCUUAGUGAUUGGAUCACCAUUGUCUUUCCUUGAGAGUCGUGGGGAUUUUCUAAUGGCCGUUUCGUCCAUUGGCGAACUUUAUGUGUGGAAUAUUUCUCAAAAGAAAAUCCAUUUGCAUGCGCCAUCUUCAUUAAGUCCAGUUUUGGAAUUAUCAAGUAAAUAUAGAGAAGAUGGAUUGUCAAAAUCUGAUAAUAUCACCAUGUGUGCAAUAACUUCUUCUGGAGUUCCUUUAUUGACUAUAUCAAAUGGUACAGGUUACCUUUUCAAUAAGGAUUUGAAUACGUGGCAAACAAUCACCGAAUCAUGGUGGGCAUUUGGAUCACAUUACUGGGAUUCAGUUGGAGAUGAAGAUAUCUCCCGAAGAUUACAGUCUUCCAAUAUUGUGGGUGACUCUUCAUCUUCGUCUUCCUCGAUUGUUGGCCUUUUAGAACAGAAGACAAACGAGGAAAUCUUGAGGAAAACAAGAAUUGGAAGAGGUAAAUACUUCAACAAGAUUUCUAAAAACAUGAUUAUGAAGGAAGGCUUUGAAAAUUUAGAAAACUCUAUUUCUUUAAGUCAUUUGGAAAAUAGAAUAUUAUGCUGUGAACUACUCGGAGAGAAAGACGAUUUCAAAAGGUUCUUCAUUGCAUAUGCUAAAAGAAUCUGCGAGUUAAGUUUGAAACCCAAGUUGUAUGAAAUUUGCAAUCAAUUAUUGGGCCCACCAUUAGAAUAUAAAGAGUCACUUGCGAAUGGACUAAUGACGCCAGAUAAGGAGUACGAAGAUUGGUCUCCAACUAUCUGUGAAAUUGAAAAGCAUGAUUUGUUGAAGGAAAUAAUCACGAACUGUGCCAAGCAUAGAGAUUCUCAGAGAAUUUUAACCCAUUUCGCUAGAGAGUUGAAUCUUGUCAAGGGAGAAAUUGAAGAUGAUGUGGACAUGGAGCUUUAG